UAUUGAGACGAUUUAGUAUUUAAGCUUUAGUAUAUAUUAAAAAAAGUAUAAUUUUUAAUUUCUUAUGAAACUAUUUUCUUUUGUUUUUACAUUUUAUAUAUCUUAAAAUGCGUCAAGCGGAACGUAAACUAUUUCUAAUAACAAAAAAUAAAAAUACAGCUGAUUGUCAAUUACGUCGUAAAGCGAAAACACUGAAAAAUGUCUCGAUCUCUCAGUUGUGAUGAAUAUGGUGGUAUUGGUGUAAAUAUGGCGAAUAUUGCUUGUCCUCUUCCAUAUAUUUCUAAGAGGGAAUAUGGCCUGAUUUCAGAUAUUAAGUCUCGUUUGUUUAAUAAAAGACUUCUCGCAGCUAAAAACUUGUAUCGCCGAGAUCUAGUGUGCCAUUUUGGCUGUGUUAAUGCGAUUGAAUUUUCCAGCAAUGGCGAGUUGCUUGUUUCAGGUGGAGAUGAUAGACGUGUUAUGCUUUGGCAAUUUGGGCAGACUCUCCUACAUUAUGGAAAACCAGAAGCAAUGAAAGCUCUACAUCAAUCAAAUAUAUUUUGCCUAGGCAUCACAUCUGAUAAUCAAAAAAUAUAUUCUGGAGGAAAUGAUGAUAUAGUGAUAGUACACGAUUUAGAAUGCAAAUGCCCUAUGGAAGUACUUCAGCAUCAAAGAGCUGUAUGCAGUUUAAGUAUUGACCCAUUCAAUGAGAAAGUUAUUUCAACAGCUGGAAAUGAUGGCCGCUUGCUCUUGUUUGAUACGAGACAAUCAGUUCACGAGUCGUUAGUUAUCGCGCGCAGCGUAAAAGCCUUCCACGGUGUAAUGUUUCACCCCCAACAGGUUGGCAUUCUUGUAUCUGCCAAUGCACGGGACGGUGUUGCACUGUGGGAUUUAAGGUCACCUAAACACCCGGUUCUUCGCUACGGGGGUAAACACUCUAGUCAGAAUAGUAUGAGUGUACGUUUCAACCAGGCAGGCACACACAUUCUCGCUUUACGCCGACGUAUGGCGCCAGUUCUAUACGCGGUACAGGCUCCGGAGCCGGUGGCAGAGUUCUAUCAUCAGGAUUAUUAUAAUUCGUGUACGAUGAAGAGCUGUUGCUUCGCGGGGAAAGGCGAUGAGUAUGUGCUCUCGGGAUCUGAUGAUUUUAAUUUGUAUAUGUGGAAGAUACCGGAUACAGGCGGCGGAACUGAUACAGCGGUCGAGUUGCCGCAUAUAGUGUUAUAUGGUCAUAGAUCAAUCGUCAACCAGGUCCGUUAUAACAACCACUAUUGUCUCAUUGCCUCAUCAGGAGUGGAGAAAAUUAUUAAAGUUUGGUCGGCGUUAGAGUAUCCACAAAUGCGGGGAGCAUUGUUGGAGGAGGCUCAGGGUUCGGACAAUCCAAGGGAGAUAUACAGCCACGAGGAUUAUGUCUCCCUGGUACAUCACAGCGGACAGUCAAUAUCCCACAACUAUGCGGAACAAUCGACGAGCGAAGAUCCUCGUAUGAUGGCGUUCUUCGAUUCCCUUGUUCAACGUGAACUGGAAUGUCUGGCUGAGGAGACUGACUCGUUGGACGGAUCCAGUUCAGCAUCACGAGCCGCUCAUGAUUCUGAUUCAAGCACGGAUCAUAUUGUUGUCGAUCUCUUACCUUUGCCGCCUAAGAGAGCAUCCCAAAACGGAAGUAGGAGUUUGCGUUGUCCUAACCGGCUGGCGCGUCUGGUUGCAACGCGGUAUCCUAAAAAUUCCAGAGCCCAAAAGAGGGGAUCGCUAAGGCGAGAUAAGCAGUCCCGCCCAUGCGUGAGCAAGACAGGAAAGAGUAUAUCGGGGGCAAGUUGUAAGGGCAAACGGGCAGCUCGGCGAGUGCGCGGCAUUCGUCGGCCCGUGACGCGUACGCUGGCGACGCGCACACGUAUAUCAGCGCCAUCUAGCGAAAGAACUGAUUCAGAUGAACCCACACAUUCUAUGUUUAGGAAUUCGGGGCGGAUUAUACGACCGCUUCGCAGGCGUCUUAGUCUAACUAGAUCUUCAAAACGAAAAAGUAAAGCCAAUAGUUUUAGGAAAUCAGUAUUAAGAAAUAACGGUACAACGACACAAGAUAGCAGUGACAAUAAUAAUUUUUCCAAUUUCGAUGACAAUCUAGCAGUUCCCAGCACAAGUACUGGUUACAGAGGCCAAAACUCGGCACUAUUUCGAAUAGCUGAAGUGGACUCUGAUGAUGACCAGUCAGCUAGCAGUAGACCAAUAUCCCCAAGGAACCAGAAUAACAUUCCCACCAACUUAGUAAGCAUAAUCCCAACACCGAUUAAUGGUUCCAGGGAUUCCUUAGGAGACUCUUUAAAUGUUGAACCCCCAUCUCCGCACGAAAUGCGCAGAAUCAAUCCAAGGAGGUCUAGACGGAAUGGCAGACAGCUUCAAAGGUCGGAUUCCAGUGAAUCACCUCCCCCUAAAGACUUAUCGAUACCCACGUCUCCCCCAGGUUACAAUAGAACACUUGCGAGAUUGAUGAACGAAACGAAUGAGAGUGAGUUAGAGAGCAGUUGUUCCACGGAAAGUAGUCUUUGGCCGGCUCCAAGUGUCAAUGAAUCGGAUAAUCAAAUAGUCAAAUUCAGGCAGCGGGUGAAAAAGCCGCGAAGGAACUUUAGGAGUCAUAUGGAUUCUGACUCCAAUUAAUUGUGAUCUCUUGUUUAUUAUAUUAAUUUUGAAAGAGGUUUAAAGUUUAAGGGUACAGUGUUAAUGGGAGGUAGUUGUCUAAAAUUUCAAUUUCAUGCGCUGGCGCUGCAGGUUAUUAGAUGCUUAAUAUUAAAGUAAUAAACGCUA